AUGCGAGCAAAAACACAUCAUCUGCAUUGUCCCCAGUAUAUUACAUCAUUCAUUUCUGCAAACGAUGGCAGUGUCCAACCAAACACAGCUGAGCCUGAUGUAAAUACACACACCCAUCUCCUUGCAGAUGCCCACUUUACCAAGAAGCUACUGGGCCUUGUUCAGCAGUCGUGUAACUACAAGCAGUUUUGGAAAGGGUUCAGUGAGGCCAUCAAGACCCUCAACAGAGACACUUCUGAGGUCAUUGUGAUGGCUGCAGAUGCUAAUCCCCUGGCAAUCAUCUUGCAGCUUCGCCUGCUUUCUGAAGACAAGAAUGUGCCCUAUGGGUUUGUGUACUCCAAGCAGGCCCUGGGGAGGGCCUAUGGGGUCUCUGGGCCUGUCAAUGCCCAUUUCGUCACCAUCAAAGAGAGUUCACAACUGAAGCAGCAGAUCCAGGCCUUUCAGCCAACCAUUGAAAAACUCCAAGUAUAA